CACGUGAUAUUAGUUGAACAAUUUGUUUAGCUGGCAGGGUUCUAGCCUACAUAAGCCGGUCCCGUCUAGGGAUAGACACUGCACAGCAGCGUCUUCGUUUUCACUUUGCAUUCAAUCCAGAAACUACCAAGAGUUUGAAAAUGGCCUUCGCCGGACUGCUGAAAGACGAGGAUAUCGCCGCAGCCAUCAAGGACUGCCAAGCUCCGGAAUCCUUCAAUCACAAGGCAUUCUUUGCCAAGGUUGGUCUGGCUAGUAAGUCUGCUGCAGAUACAGAAAAAGUUUUCAAAAUCAUUGACCAGGACCAGAGCGGAUUCAUUGAGGAAGAAGAGCUGAAGCUGUUUCUGCAGAAUUUCUCUGCUGGCGCCAGAGCUCUGACUGAUAAAGAGACCGCUGUGUUCCUCGCAGCUGGUGACUCCGACGGUGACGGCAAAAUCGGAGUUGAUGAAUUCCAGUCCUUGGUGAAGUAAAGGCACAGCCAGCAGCCAAUAGAAACUUUGUAUUAUGCAAUACUCUGUACAGUUAAUGGCAUUUGUAAACGUUAGUGCCUUGUUUUUCUCUUGUGAUAUCCUUUACAAUUAAAAAUUAAAAACAA